AUGAGUAAUCCGACCGGAGAUGAUGCACAAUCUGCUGGAGAUGAAAAAGAGCGUGAAGGUGAGUUGCUCUGCUUGAAGAUUAAAGCCCAGUUGGAGGAUUUGCUCUCCGACAGCCACCUGGCAGAGGACGGCUUCCUGCUGAAGCAUGUGCAGAGGAACAAGCAGGGCUACGUCAGUCUCAAGCUCCUCACCUGUUUGAAAAAGAUAAAGGUCCUGACCUCGAACUGGUGCAUGACUCUCGCAGGAGCAGAGCGCUCAGAGCUUCUGGAGGUGAACGAUGAACGCACCAAAGUGAGGCGCAGAGAGCCGCUUCCCAAAUGGCUGCUGUGCUCGCCCACCAGCAAGCUUCUCCUCGCCUGGAACCUUUGCGCAGGAGAAAACCUGGACCGUUCUUCCCUCUCAGAGAGGAUCCUCCAAAAGUUCAGCGCACAUGGCAGCGUCACUUCCCUCAGUAUCCUGCAUCCUGGAAAAGAGCUUCCAAAGGAGCUGCAGUGCUACGCCAAGCGCCACAAAGAGUUGGGCCAACAUUUGUGUGCGGUGGUGAAGUUUGACUGUUUGGAGGAAGUUCGUAAGGCCUACGACGCCCUGAAAGCAGAAGAGGAGAGCGGCGAGGGCAUGUGUGUGGCAACUUUGGGAUUCCAGUCGAUGCACCACAACAAGGAAGAACCAUCAGACGAGAACCCACCUCGGGACGCACCUUCUCAGGAAAAUCCACUUGUAACCUCAAAGGAUUUAAUCCAGGAGGAAUCCUCUUUGUCGUAUAAAGUUUCUGAUGAGACUUCAGGCACAUUUCAGACCCAAAAGUCCUUGGAUAACUCAGUGCGAAGAACCUUUGAGCAGAUCUCCACCAGCUGUAAUAACCAGCCUUUCUCCGCUUUGAACCAGAGGUACAGUAAGAGGAGCUGGUGUUCUGGAGACUGCGAUAAUGUGAAUUCUCCGAGCCCCUGGGUGCUGAGGCGCAAAUUUGCAGCCAGUGCGUUAAACCCCAAGGUGGCUGGGUACAGAAACGCGCCCUGCUUGAUGCAGAGAGUGCUGCGUCAGCCCCUCGGCCCUGACAGCACCAGGGGGUUUCAGAGGAGAGGGAGGCUGCUGUAG